AUGAAGAUGUUCAAGAUUGGACUCCGGUUGAUGGUUGGAAAUGUCUUCAACGUCACUGGCUCCGUCAUUGGUUGGCUCAAAAGAGCAUCAAGCAGUGUUUCACGAGGGCUGAACAGAGUAAAACGUACUGCGGUAGAGAACUUUUUCAAAGAUCGCCCUGACUUCAUUGAGAAACUCGCAGCGAAAGCAGCAGCUAUUCGUGACAGUGAAGAGCGUUCUAUCUGUGAAGAGGGGCUCUUUGGCAAAACGUCUCAGGUGACAUUGCAUCAACAGGUUCUCUAUUGUGAUGACAGCGGCUCCAUGAAAGAUGGAAGAUCGGGUGAAAAUCGCUGGACCGCUCAAAACGAGUUGAUCAACCGCAUAGCUUGCGUAUCCACCCGUAUUCUACCUGAAGGAGAGGGUAUCUAUCUACGAUACAUAAAUAAGGACAUUCCAGAGACUUAUAGUCUCCAACUUGACGAAAUCCCCAAUAUCAUCAAAUCAUUCCAGCCCUCAGGUUAUACAGCUAUUGGCACAAAUUUGAGGACCAAGAUUCUGGAGCCUCUGGUUUAUCACAAGCUCCCUAAUGGCCUCACUCGACCUCUACUCGUUACUGUUAUUACCGAUGGGGCCCCUACGCAUGAAAGUCGGUCCGCUUUCGCUGAGGCUAUUGCAGAAUGUGGCAACAUGCUAGUGAAGAAUGGUCUUCCACGUGAAAGUGUCAAGUUUUUGAUCGGACAAGUUGGCACGGCAAGUGCAGCAACAGCUUUUCUCCAGGAGCUACGCAAAAACCCCGACAUUGAGGACGUGGUUUUCGUAACUAAAGAGAAUUUAGAUGCCGGAUAUGCGCAAUGGGAGAGAAGGGCUGAUUUGGAUCGAUGGGGGUCGGUGGUCCAGCGGUUAGUGGUCACCGGGCUUAGCCAACGGCUUAUCCUCUAA